GUGACAGCUGUCUGGGAGAAGAGUGAGCGAAGUCGUGGUUUUCUAAUCCAUUGCUACAAGAUGGAAGAUGGUGCUGUGAAGCAGGGCUUUCUCUACUUGCAGCAGCAGCAAACUUUUGGGAAGAAAUGGCGGAAGUUCUGGGGUGUGUUGUACAGCGGGAGUGUCUGUGCUGCUGCCUGCCUGGAGCUCCUGGAGGGAUCUGGCCCUCCAUCCACAGAGACUGCAAAGAAAGCUGGAAGCAGCAAGCACCUCAUCAAACUGAGCGACUGUGUUCAUGUGGCUGAGGCUGCUGGAGAAGCCAGCAACCCCAAAGAAACCAUCCCUUUUUUCCUGGAAACCACAGAGAAGUGCUACCUGCUGGCUGCUGAGAGAACGGAGGCAGCAGACUGGAUUCUGGUGGUUUGCGAGCAUGCUUUCUUGAAAAGCAGGGAAGACUGGAAAACAAUGAUGGAGAAGAACCUCCUGAAAGGCCAGCCCACUUCAGUCUUGAUGGCAGAGAACUCUCUUUACAGCUCCGCGUGCAAAGCUGCUACUGUAAAAGAGUUCCCUGUGACGGUGAAAGCAACACAGGCUUCGGAGCACUGUCAGCUCUGGGGCAAGUUUCUCCUUCGAGCCAAGGCAGAUGCCUUAGAAUUAUGCAGCAUACAGAAGGGGGACGUGCUCUACACCUGGCCGUACAGGUUCUUGCGGAGAUUUGGCCGUGACAAGGUGAUGUUCACGUUUGAAGCUGGACGGCGAUGCGCUUCUGGGGAAGGCAGCUUUGAAUUUUUAACCAAGCAAGGCGAUGAGAUCAUUCGGGUCAUCGAAACAGCCAUCAAUGCACAGAGAGCUGCUGGGAUGACUGACCAAUGCAAGGGAGGCUCUUUCAACACCUCCUCAAGGACUUCCCUUCUUGCCAGGGCUAGCAGUGAGACCAGGUCUUAUGCAGAAGGCGCUUUAGAGGAAAAAGCUGUGGCAGUGGAAACAGGGCAGCUGCCCCAUGCAGCUAGCACCAAAUCCUUCUCCCUGGGGCCCAGCUGUCAGGGAAACCCAGCUAACAGGGGCAGACUGGUGAAGCCCAUUGCCAGCUGCCCCUUGCCCAGCACCAAGUUCUCAUACUUGGAACUCUCCAAUUCCCUUCCCAGAAGAGAUCCCCAGUAUGGACCUGGGAUGCUGGAGAGGGCAGGGAAAAUGGUAGUUCCGCAGGUCAAAGUAGAGCCUGAUGUGGAGGCCUUAGAUCCUGCCUCCAAGUUGCUGGUGAGCAGAAAUGGCAACCGCCCCCAGCAAGCCAUUAGGGAGGCACUAACCCCACCGGUGGGAGGUGACAGAAGUGUCGCUUUGGGUUUGAUCUCGGCAGGUUCAGGCCCAGAACACAUCUACGAUGACCCAGAGGGUCUGGUCCACGUUGUUUAUGAUGAGCCCCAGGAAUUCAAAGGGGAGGCCUGGAAGCUGCAGGCUACUGCCGAGGAUCCUGUUGGCCAUGAAUAUCCCUAUAACCCAUACCUGGAUGACUAUUCUGUGCCCAAGAUGGCAGCAUUUUCCACACUCAGGCUAUCCGGACAAGACAAAAACUUGCUUGAAGAAUCCGCCUUUGAUAAGAUGGUCCAGAGGUUGAAGAAAAAUCAGAACACACAGUGA